AUGUCGCGGACAUCCUCCAAGGAUGCCAGUACGACUACGUUGCACCGAAUUCAUCGGUUGCUGCACCAAAUGGAAGAAGAGCAUGCAGCUGAAAUCAGCCGCUUGAAAGCCGAUGUGAGGCGGCUUUCAUCAGCGUCCGCUGCUUCUCGCCACGAUCGCCAACCACCCAUCACGACCGCACAACCUCCAACAACCCCCCCUUCAGCGCCGCCAGCAGACCUUUUGCCCGAGGACAACGAAGGUAACGAAGUUCUCGAGCAAGAUUCGCUGCGUGAUGCUGCAGCUUGCGGAGGAUUUCCACCACCGCCGACGGGGACCAACCUCAGCCGGCAGGACUCGCCGAAAUUCACAGACGAUGCAGUGGCAGGAUCAGUCUCAGAGAUAAUGACGGAAAGCCGUGCGCUUUUCAGCCCAACUUUAUCCGUGGAUCUGGAUGCCUAUGACGACAAUGCCUCCUUCGGGGAGAUUGAAGCUUCUCCUGUCCGAGCUAUCGUCUACUCGCUUCACGGCCUACCUGGGUCCUUGCUUUCAGGUGUGGAGACAAGCACUGCCAAAUGCAAGCUGGUAUUGAAGGGUGAGUCUGCCGAAGGGUGCACGGACUUUGUUCCGCUCCAACAGGAACAGCCACAUCUUCCGGGUCAGCUUUCUGCACCCAAUGCGUGGACAGCAGUGUGGGAGGACAUGGGCACGGACGUGCUCAUUCACGUGCCGAAUCCGUUGCCGGAGACUCUCAAGAUUGAGCUCCAGAUCCAGGGGCAUGAAACGGCCAUCGCAGAAGGUCUGGUAACCCUGAAUGCGGAAAGACGGAAGUGGGCACUCUUCGGAGGCGGUGAGGUGGACGCUGAAAUUGCCGUCGAAAAGGCAGAGACACCAGCCGGGAGACGGCGUGAAAGCACCGUCAAAGAUCGGAUUGUCGAGAAGUUGGAGAGGCUUUUUGAUGUCAGAGACCCUAUGUCGAAAGUUGUUAUGCCCAGCGACGUCUCAGCGGCUGUGAAAGCCUCGCGGAACAAGAAAUCUUCCCAAUUGACAGCCUCAUUGGGACCUGAAGACCUGGAGGAGGUGGUGGUGGAGCUCAAGCGCAUCCACGCAAAGGCAAUUGAUAAAGACCGGAAGUCCCGAGCUUCUUCACAACAGCCCGUCAUCGCUUGGAAGCAGUUCUUGGACUGCAUCAUGCUGGAUGACUUGCCAAAAUAUGCAACUGGUCCAGUGGCUUUGAACCUGUUCAUCGUCCAACAAGCCUUGUUGGGUGACGACAUGCCCUCGACGGGCGCUUCCGGGGCAUAUCUCAUGGCGUAUGAGAGAUUGCGCAAGCCCGUCACACGCUCUCAGAAGUGGGUCAACAUUGUCACUGCCAUGUCUACAGCCGCGAUCGUGAUCAGCUUCAUUUUCCUGGGCCUCUCCCUCGACAUCGACCCAACCUGGACCGGGUGGAUUGUGCUUGAGGGCCUCUGUGCCGCGGUCUUUGUGGCAGAAGUCGUUGUCAAAUCUUACGUGCUUACUCCACGCGGGUAUUUCUGCGCCGGCAGAGAGUCCGUGUGGAACCUAUUCGAUGUCUUUCUAUCCAUGGUCGCUGUUUGUGAAACCAUCCUCAACAUAGUCUUUGCCACAGAGGGCUCCGAGAUGAGACCUGGCUUCCUGUGGUGGUCAUGGGGGCAGUUUGAUCUUGAGUUGGCUUGUCACGGCUUGUCUUGCAUCGGUACAAGGAAAGCAGCUUUGCUAUUGAGGGGCUUGCGCUUGGCCCGCAUCCUACUCCUUUUCUUUGCGCAGCGAAGGGAGCCCACUUGA